AUGAUGGAAAAGCUUGCGGUUGCACAGUGCAAGAUGCUAGGCAUUACCCUUCGAGAUCGAAAGCGAAACACUUGGAUUCGACAAGAAACUGGUGUAAGUGAUAUCAUCAACGCUAUCAGGAACGCAAAGCAUAGAUGGGCAGGUCACAUCGCACGGUUAAUCUGAUACCCGUUAGACCAUCAAAGCAACAGAGUGGAGCCCAAGAGAUUGGACCAGAAACAGGGUCGUCAAAAACACGAUGGAGAGACGAUCUCACCAGACAGUUUGGACUCGUAUGGUCAAGAUUAGCCAAACACAGACACCUG